GAACAGGAUGUCGACGAUGUGGCUUUCCUCACAGGUACAAAUCAUAGAGUUAAUGCCCAAAUCACUCACUCGAUAUGCCAGUCGUCACCACUCAUUCAUAACCGUGAUUCAGGCGGUGUUGCAGGAAACGAGAACAGUUCUGGUCAAGCAAAAAAAAGCCUCUACGAGAACCAUGGGGUGGCCGCAUGUUCUCACAACAGGGCCCUGUGCAUUGCUACCAUUGUCUUCGCACUUUUGUUCACUCUUGCUAUUAUUAUUGCCUUCACUGGACCUCAGAGUGAUUGUACCUGUGCUGGUGAGAAGCCUGCGAACUUUGCCGAUGAAACGACUAACAUGACAAGGACUUUUAUUCCUCGAGCAACAAAUGGACAGAUCUUCCCUUGGAACAAUAUUCGUCUUCCUACCUCCUUGAAACCCAAUCGCUAUAACCUAACAAUUCAUCCGAAUCUAACAACUCUGGAAGUCAGAAGUCAGGUUUCUAUUGAAUUCCAAUCAGAAAAAGAUACGAAUUUUAUAGUGCUCCAUUGUAAAAAUCUCACCAUUUUGGAUAAGAUGAUACAGGACCGAAGAGGUAAUAAUCUGACCGUGGUAAAAAUCUUGGAAUAUACCGGGGCACAACAAAUAUAUAUAGAAGUGAGAGAAAAAUUCAAGAAGAGACACAAUUAUACCUUAAGAAUCAGAUACAACUUCAAACUGAAUAAGGACCCUGUAGGAUUUUACAUUUCCAGCUACAUCGGCAAAAAUGGAGAUAGGCGAUACAUAGCAGCUACAAAUUUUGAACCAACAUAUGCUCGAACUGCCUUCCCAUGUUUCGAUGAACCCCAGUUUAAAGCAAAAUUCAGAUUAACUAUUUUCCGAGACAGAUUUCAUAUAACUCUUUUCAACACUCCUGUAGUAAAUACUGAUGACUUAGGAUUCUACAUGGGUACAGGGCUGUUACGCGAUGACUUUCUGGAGACGAAAGAGAUGAGUACAUAUUUACUAGGCUUUGUGAUAUGCGAUUAUACUCAACAGAACAAGCAAACCGACAGCGGCGUAUCAGUAUCAAUUUAUACGCCUGAGCCAUUUUCUUCUCAAGCAAAUUUCACUCUCAGCACUGCGACCUAUUUCCUGGAAUACUAUGAAAAUUUUUUCGGAGUAGCGUAUCCGCUUCCUAAACUAGAUUUGGUAGCUCUUCCUGAAUCAGAUAAUGGUGCAUUGGAUACCUGGGGACUGAUAACUUACCACGAAACUGCCAUUUUUCCAUUUUCCAGUGAAACAUCUAUAUCAGCCCAUCAAUGGGUUACUUCUAUUAUCGCACAUGAAUUAGCACAGCAGUGGUUCGGCAAUCUGGUCACGAUGAAAUGGUGGAACGACUAUUGGCUGCAAGAAGGAUUCACCACUUUGUUCGAAUAUCAAGGAGUGGACGACUAUUUUCCAGAAUGGAGGAUGAUGGAUCAAUUUAUAGUCGACAAAACUCAACCAGCACUAGCUUUAGAUGCCCUAGCGAGUAGUCACCCCAUAUCUGCCAACGUAAAUGAUCCGUCUGAUAUAGAAGCUAUUUUUGAUACUAUUUCUCUAAAUAAAGGUGCUGCAGUACUUCGCAUGUUGGCAAAUUUUUUACAAGAAGUGAAUUUACAAAAUGGCCUUAACGACUAUCUCUUAUCAUAUAAGUACAUGAAUGCUGAAACCAAAGAUCUAUGGAAUGUAUUUUCAAGGAACGUCAACCAAACCUUAGACGUAAAAACGGUUUUGAAUACAUGGACUAACCAAAUGGGGUAUCCCCUAGUCACGAUGAAACGAGAGGGGAACGAGAUUCUAGCAACUCAGUCGAGAUUUUUGGUUACCGCAGAACGUAUCAAUAACUCCCACUUAACUCAUCCAAAAUCCACUUUCGACUAUAAGUGGUAUAUUCCUUUGACUUACUUCACAAAUAAUGACAGCGACAUCAAAUACGUUUGGAUGAAUAUGACAGACGUGAGAUUCGAAAUUACUCCAGAGCUGAAAUGGAUAAAAGCUAACAUCAAUCAAACAGGAUUCUACAGAGUGAUGUAUGAUGAUGAGAUGUGGCAAUAUCUCAUAAAUACUCUGAAAACCAAUCAUACUAUUUUUAAUUCAGCAGAUAGAGCAAAUCUAAUUGAUGACGCUUUUUCAUUGAGCAGAGCUGGUAUACUCAAUGCCAGUAUUGCUCUAGAACUAACAAUGUACCUGAAAGAUGAAAGAGAUUAUGCGCCGUGGGCUACAGCUAUUGAACACCUGAAAUCCUGGGCACGGAGAUUAUCAGAAUCCUUAGCUUAUAAAUCGUUCCUGAAAUACAUGAGGCAGUUAUUGACCCCAGUUACAAAAUAUGUUGGAUGGACUCAAAAUAAAUCACAUAUCCAAAAGCUACUAAGAGAAAGAGUAUUGUCAGCCGCUAUUCUAUGCGAACUAAAUGAAACAAUAUCAAGUGCAAGAGUGCAUUUCCAAAAAUGGAUGGUACAAAAUAACACGAUAGAUCCUAAUUUGAAAGAAAUCGUGUAUUCUGCUGGUAUAAAAUAUGGAGGGAUGAACGAAUGGCAGUAUUGUUGGAAUUAUUACAAAAGUACGACUUCUAAAAGUGAGAAACGGAUACUUUUGAAAGCUUUGGGUGUUGCCUCUGAUCCUUGGCUAUUACAAAGAUAUUUGAUGGAAACCUUAGACAGAAACGUAGUGAAACCUGAAGAUGUGAAAUUGGUAUUAGAAGUAGUGGCAGCAAACCCAGAAGGAAGGCUUCUAGCCUGGAGACAUCUGAAAGCCUAUUGGCCCACAAUGCAUUCACUUUAUGGAAACAGUACAAUUUUGAUGGGCAACCUUAUAUCUGCAGUAACAGCGCAUUUAUCAACAAGAUAUGAUUUUUAUGAGGUUUCAACUUAUUUUACUGGUAUGAAUGUGGGAUCAGCUUCCCGAGCUUUGGAUCAGAGUUUGGAAAUUAUACAACUCAAUAUCAACUGGGUUUCGCAAAAUGAAGAGGAAGUCAACACUUGGCUUCGUAAACAUAUUAAAUAAAUGUGUAUGUUUGUUUCCUUGGAAUAUAUAUUUUUUAAUAUGUACUUUGCAAUGAUUCAAUUAUGUUUAUUUUGACUAUAAAAUCUUCGUUUUUUAAUGUUAUUCGUAGAACUCGUUUCAUAGGUAUGUUCAUAAUCAAUGAUAUCAUCCUAUUUUUUAUAUUUAUACAAUAAUUACUUGUGUGGAAACUGAGAAUUAUUUUAAGUAAAAUAUUUUAAUAAAUUACAUGUGAUAAAAUUGCAAAUAUUUCCUGAUAACCAAUCAAUCCCUAAAAGAUUC